UCUGGACAACCAGUUUAAACAAGACGAGCAUGUGAAUCGCCACAGACGCCCACCGCGUUUGUUUCAUGUUAACGAUUUGGUAUUUGUGAUUAAGUUCUCACAGGUAACCGGGAAACUUGACCCUGGUAUGCGUGGGCCGUACAAAGUGGUGAAGACCUUACCGGGCGGCCGCUACGAAUUGAAACUUCUGAGCGGAGGCCGUGGGAAGCUCACGCAGGCAGCUGCGCAGCAUAUGGUUGCUUGGCGCGGCGAAUGGUGUCCGGAGUCGUGCGCUGCUUUCUUCGAGAACGACGGAGUUGUGGACACCGAAAUAGCGCUACCCAACGCACUACCAUCGAUGCCACUACUGGACUGCGAUAGGGAGACUGAACAAGCUGCGAUUGCCGGACCCUCAUCCAGAACUCCCCUAGUUAAUGACCAGGUCGAGGACGACCUAUCAUCAGGAGAGGCCGUAUAAGCGUAACCCCCCACUGAUCGAUCGUAGCACCUCCGACUUCUAUAAAAAGCAUCGCGCGCCAGUUUGGCGGACAUUUGCUCGAGAGACGUCGAAGCCUACGGAUCGGUAGAGGACUACGUUCCAGGUCACGUGAGCCAUUUUUGUUCGAUAUUUUCCUGUUUUUCUGUUGCAUUUUCAA